AUGUCGACAACAAACAUAGUCAAGAGCGUGGAGCCGUCUUUUGGCGCGCCUUUCGACAUUGUGCUCACUCUUUCAAAGACGAAGCCGCUGAAGGAGAAUAUCAACACUGUUCCAAUUACGGUCCACAUCAGCACAGAACCGAACGCUGAUCUGGGAUGUUACGUUUAUUCCAUAGUCGACACCCGGACUCCUUCGGAAAACCCCCAGAUUUACCAGACGCUACUUAACAACGCCUCUGAAACUUUGGUCGAUCUGGGAAAACGACUCGGCCAGCUCGUUUCGAAAAAAUACCUUGUCCCAAGCUACGUCAGUCUCAGUGGCCAAGUCUCAAUGCAAGACUUCAUGGGCCUGAUCCAGGAAACGUUCGCUCUGAUAGAAGAGAACUGGAAGAUUAAUAAUGAUUAA